AACAGUGGACUCAAGUGUAACAAUUGUGAGGAUGACACAGGACCGGGCAGUGUUUCGUUCUGUUGUACGUGGGGUUGCUAUGAGUUAGAAGUGACUUGACAGCGUCUAACAACAACAGACUUAUAGAUAUGAAAAAACACAGUGUUUGCUGUGGAACUAAACUACUGAGUAAUUUUUGAAGCUUUCUAGAGCACUUUCCUAGAGGAAUGAGAUGAGAGCCAGAUGGUAUUCUGAUCUUUGCAAACCAGGCUGUGAUGCAGAGCCCCACUAUAUUUUAAUUAAUCAUGUUAAUAAAUUUCUAAAUCAAUUUCUUUUAGGACAAGAAAACCAGCUUGUGGCACUGAUUCCCUAUAGUGAUCAGAGAUUAAGGCCACGAAGAACAAAGCUGUAUGUGAUGGCGUCUGUGUUUGUCUGUCUGCUUCUUUCCGGAUUAGCUGUGUUUUUCCUUUUCCCUCGCUCUAUCGAUGUGAAGUACAUUGGAGUAAAAUCAGCAUAUGUUAGCUAUGACGUUCAAAAGCGUACAAUAUAUUUAAAUAUCACAAACACGCUAAAUAUAACGAACAAUAACUAUUAUUCUGUUGAAGUUGAAAACAUCACUGCACAAGUUCAGUUUUCAAAAACAGUUAUUGGAAAGGCACGCUUAAACAACUUAACCAGUAUUGGUCCACUUGAUAUGAAACAGAUUGAUUACACAGUACCUACUAUUAUAGCAGAAGAAAUGAGUUAUAUGUUUGAUUUCUGUACACUGAUAUCCAUCAAAGUACAUAACAUAGUACUCAUGAUGCAGUAAGUAUGAUUCUUUUUCCUUUGAAAGAUAUUUUUUGUUAAAACUUUAUAUUUAUCACAUUGGCUUAUAGCAUAUAGAGCAUAUUAGCUUUAUAAGAGUGCUGUGAGGUAGGAUAAAUACUAUCCUCUCUACAAAUGAGUAAAGGAGAGAUUACAGUAGUAGUGAAGGAUCUCAUGGCUGAUAAAUAGUGAAUCUAGGCAUUGAAAAACUCAGGAAAAUGGUAGGGGUUGGGUAAAGAGGAAGUCUUAGUUCGACAUCCAGUGCCUUUCUGCCUUGCUAAAUUUUUGUUAACAGUAAAGAGGAGGAGAAGAUAGUAAAAUCAAGUAGGACGUCCCUAAAAGGGGUACAGAUUUUGUCUUUAAGGACAGUCGUGUUGGAAUAUGCUGUGAGUAAGCAGGUCCUAUCCUGUGAUAUCUUGUGUUUGGAAGAAAUCAGCUUUUUAAUUGUUCCAGGAUGAACUAGAUUCUGGUUUAGGAAAGGAAAUAAAAAAACAUUGAUAUGAUUUGAAAAGGUGCUCCAGAGCUCAUGGUAGAUAAGAUUGGGGCAGUCAGCAGUAAAGUAGGAUGGGAUUAGGGUGGAAGGACGCUGGACUGAGAAUGAGAAAGAAUGAGCAGCCUAAGUGUUUGCAUGUUACGUAUUUCCUAGCACCUGUAGAGCAAGAGGUCAUAGGCUGGUCUAAAAAUUCUCAAUAGGAAAUAAAAUUGACUAGGUGUCAAAAUUGUCUGAAGGUUUAGGGCUUAGAAUUGGCAUAGUCAUGAUCGGUGCAAAGCAUAACCAUCCUUUGAGUUCAGGAUUUGCACCUUCACUGCAUGAAGGCAUGCUAGGGCAUGAGCUCGAGAAGCCUGGGUCAACCAUGAUUUUCUUUCUUCUUCCUAAAUGUUUAUUUUUAAUUUUUCAACAUAAUUAUAUUUGUAACUUGAGAUAUAAUACCAUUAUUUUGACUUUUUUUUGUAAAUGCAAAAUUUUCUUUAAAAAUGCUUCAAAUUUUUUGAGACCAGGAUUAAAUUUAAGAGCAGAGCAGUGAUAUUUAUUGGGAUUUCACAAUUAUAAUUUGAUUUUUAUAAUCUCUUUUAAAAAUGAUAAUUCCCAUACUAUCCCACUUCUUAAAAUUAGACAUAAUGAAAUUAGUGAAAGUAAGCAAAACUUUCCAAGAAUCUCUAAAAACUACCUCUCUUCCUUUUAAUUUCAUUUCAUUAUUAGCUUUGAUGAUGAACAUUUUCUUAAUUUAGUUCUUUCAAGUUAGUAUUGUAGCAGUAUUGUUUUUUACUUUUUAAAUUGUAAAUCUAAGUAAGGUAUUCUAGCUGUAUCAUGAUUAAAUAGGCUUUGUGGAAUCAGCCUGAAAACCUGAGCACAAUUUUUCUAUAGGAGUACACAUUCUGAAUUUAAAAAAAAAAAAAA